AAAUUUCAGUGAGUUAAUAUCAAUGAGUGAAAAUUUGGGAAGACGGGAAGAUGUUGACCAGUGUGGUACUAGUAAUGAUGAUGAAAAUGAAUUACAGUACCAUGAAACAGCACAACAGUUAUGCGAGAAAAUUGAUAAGUUGACAAUGACGGUGUGUGAAGAUGGGGAAAGUGGUGAUAAUCUUCGUUCUCAAAGACCCAGUCUUGUCGUUAUAUGAUGACAGAUGCGAAAUUAACGAAAUCCUUAUCGAAGCUUAUUGCUACAGAAGUUCAGAAUUUUCAUAAUGAUUCGUCCAAGAAAACGAUUACUUUACAUUCUUUUGUUCAAACAUUGACAACUUUUUUGAAAAAUGAAUGCGGUUUGAUCGAAGAAGAUGGAAAAAUGACCCCUGAUAAUCAGCAGUCAAGUUGGGCAGCAUUUGGCAGUCAUUUCAUGAAUAAUGUCCUCAACCUUCCACCUGCAUUAUCAUGCCUUGGGCCGUUAUUGUUGGAGGAAAUCCCGAAAGGGAUAGACGAUGAAUUUAAUAAAUUGGAAAAAAAUGCAAGGAAGAAAGUAGAAAGAACGAAAUUAAAAGAGAAUGAAGAAAUUGUGCAGUUGCUAGAAGUUGAGGAAGAAGAAUUGCAACGACGAACGGAUCCGCUCGCUAAGCAGCUGGACAAUGUUAUGCAUUGUCUGAAAAAUUGUUUAAAGCAACGUAAUGCGAAGUCAAUUAAUUACUUCGAAUUUUGCUUCCAUCCAACAGAUUUCUCGCGUUCUGUGGCAAAUGCGUUCUAUACAUCAUUUUUAUUGAAGGAAAAUAAAGUGGGAUUAGAUAUUGGCGAGGACAAUAUACCACGUUUGAGUUUAAUUGGUAAUGCUGAACGAAGAGCUCUUGAUUGUACUGCUGAUCAGGACAAUCGUGGUAUUAUAAGCUUUAGCCAUAAUGAUUGGCAAGAAGUAGUUAGAUUGUUGAAUAUCAGGGAACCUGUUAUAACUGACCAUUAACGUAUUGAGCUCAACCAAUUUCUUAGUAUCGUAUAUAUGCUAUUUUUUGUCAUACUGUUUCCCUGCCGUAGUGAGGCCAGAAUUUCCAUCGCUUCCUUGGCUUAUGUCGUUUUUGUCUCACUUUGAAUGUAUGUUGUCUAUUGAAGCUUAUGUUACUAAUAUAACUUAAAGCUGUGAUGUUACCUGCCGUUAUUUCAGAAUUUAUUAUUUCCGACAUAAGUGAAUUAAUAUUCGAAAUUGUCAGGUUAUACUUUCCAC